CGAAGCGCGGGGAACAGUGGAGCACAGACUCUGCAAGUCUCUGUGAGUUUGUGAUCAGAUGAGCGACGGCAAGUUCGACUGGGAAACCAAUGGAUGAAAUCGCCAUCGAUUGACAGCAAAUGUUUGCGAUCUCACCACUAUUCGCUUCCGAUUUCACUAUCUCACUUUUUCGAGUCAGUCACGCCUUGUCGCAAAAUUUGCCACGGCAAACACGGCAAAGACGAACGGCUUACGCUCACUUUAGUAAUUGGACCAAUCGGGCAUCUUACAACUUCCAUAUCAGUACCUCUCCAAAAUUCUUUCCCUGCAUACCUCGCUGGCCGAUAGACUCCUGUCAUCGGUUCGAUAGCAUCAAUGGGCGGCAAGGACGAGGACACUGCUCAAAUUGACCCUCUGCACUCGACGCCGUUCGAUUCUCUUCCUAACAAGCGACAAGUCUGGGUUGGCGCUCCGGGGUCCCCAGAGGAAGGCCUUGGCCGCCUUGUACUUCUGACACCUGAAGUGGUAGCCGCCGCCGCAGCAUCAUGCAUACGCACAGGUCGUCGCGUGACGGUCGGCUGGGAAUUGACAAAGCUGGAGAUCGCCAACUUCAACCGCCUACCAUGCGAGCACAAAAUCGUGGACCUGCUCGACGGCGUAGCGUUUGACGAUAUUUUCACAUUCAACCCACAACAGAGCAGUCAAUGGGACGGCUUGCGACAUUUUUCCCAGCCUUGUCCCACCGACACGGAGCCCCAGAAAAGGGUCUUUUACGGUGGAGUGACGAGGGAAGAGAUCCGAGAUCCGGCGAACCACCGGAUCGGACUGCAAUUCUGGGCCAAGGAAGGCAUAUGCGGCCGGGGCGUGCUGCUGGACUACGCCGCGUACGCGGAGCGAAAGGGUAUCUCGUACACGACGUUCAGCGACCAUACCAUUCCAUUGUCUACUCUGUUGGAGAUUGCGGAGGAGGAAAACGUCAGUUUCCAGCGUGGGGAUAUCCUGUUUGUGAGGAUUGGCGUCACGCAGGAAUGGGACACCAAGAUGACGGUCGCCGAUAAGACGGCUUAUGCUGAAUCAUCAAACCCUCAACACGCCGGCGUCGAAGGAACAGAAGAUAUGAUCCGCUGGAUCUGGGAUACUGGCUUCGCGGCCGUUGCUGGCGACGCGAUAUCGUUCGAGGUGUAUCCGCCGAAGAAAUCGUAUGCGCGACCCGAUGGACAGGAUGUGCCGGGGUUGUUCAUGCACGAAUACUUGCUGGCUGGUUGGGGCAUGCCGAUCGGCGAGCUUUUCGAUCUCGAAGGCCUCAGUCAGCUAUGCAAACAGCAUAAUCGGUGGGAGUUCUUUGUUGCGAGCGCUCCGUUCAAUAUGCCUGGCGGAGUGUCGAGUCCGCCAAACUGCAUUGCCAUCUUUUAAUGUCACAGUUUUUACUUCUCAUACAAUCAUGACACAAAGUGGUGCUAUAGGAGAUGCCUUCUUCCCAUGAACUCUUUCAUAAACAUGACAUACAGUUUGAUGCUGCGCAUACUAGCUAUCUUGUGGGAAGAACAAGGAUUAUAGUCAUAGACUCAGGAUGAAGGUCAUUCAAAGAAACAUUUGAAGAUGCCGUUGACAAUCU